GGCAAUUAAUGUGAUUGUGAAAGCUAGCCACAUAUUGUUUAUGAUAAUAAUGGAGGAGAUAUAGCCAUUGUUACUUUACACAUUGUUUCUUUGUUGAACCUAACUAAGAUUCUAUCAAAUUCUUGACCGAAAUUCUCUGCAAAAAUAUGCACUGCUUUUCCUUCAACUGAGAUUGAUCAUGGCAGCCUAUGCAGCCAUAGUUUCUCUUAUGAAUACACAUUGUUGUUUGUAUCGACAAACAACAAGUUGAAUCUCUCACUCAAAUUCUUACCUCUUUGCAGGAAUUUCUUGAAGGUUAUAAGUCCCCUGUUGCUGACAGAGAUGAAGCUGAUCCGCUGGAGAUGCGUAUUGUAGAUGCAGCUCAUGCCGUUCAAGAUGUUAUCGAAUCAUAUAUUAUGAACGUGAUUGAACUGGGUAGAUCUAGUCCCAAUGAAGAAUCUCAUAUUUGUGUCAAGGUUCGGUUGAGCAUAUCCAAACUAGCCAAAAUCUGCUGCUUCUUCAACUGCUUUGGAGAUGCAGCUCAUGCGGCUGAAGAAGUGAAUUCUAGAGAGGAAGUCAGUUGCAUCGACUUCUAUCAAGAUCUACAGCAAGUGAUAGAAGAAAUGAAUGUGAUCAAGAAGGAAGCCAUGGAGACUUCAGCUGAAGCUCAGAUGCAGCGAAAGGUCUCCUCGACUCAUGCUGGCUCCUUGACGUCCUCUUCCACUGUGAAGGAAAGCAUGAUGGUGGGCUUUGAUGACGUGCAACUUCAACUCUUGGAUCGGCUCACUGGAGGGAACCGUAACCGCCAAAUCAUCCCAAUCACAGGGAUGGGCGGGAUUGGUAAGACCACUCUUGCCCGACAUAUAUUUGAGCAUGCCCUUGUUAAGGAGCAUUUUGAUAUUCGUGCGUGGACUACAAUUUCUCAAACUUAUAAUGUUAGAGAAACACUUAGUCAAGUUCUUCACCAAGUAACUGGAAAUUUGGGUAGUGAUCUGAGUGAGAACGAAUUGGGAGAAAAAUUGUACAAGUAUUUAUACGGUAGGAGGUAUAUUAUAAUAUUGGAUGAUAUGUGGAGUGUAGAGGUGUGGAACAAGAUGAGGUUUUUCUUUCCCGAUUACAAUGAUGGGAGUCGAGUAAUUGUAACGACUAGGCUCUCAAACUUGGCUACUGAGUUGACAAACUCUAACAGCAUUGGUAUGAGAUUUUUAGAUGAUGUUUGUAGCUGGAGUUUGUUCUCCAAAACUGUAUUUGGGGAUGAAGUUUUUCCUUUUCAACUCGAGGAAAUCGGAAAGAAGAUCGUGGGGAAGUGUAAGGGACUUCCUUUGUCGAUUGCUGUGAUUGGGGGUCUUUUGGCAAAGUCCGAACUUACAUUGGAGUAUUGGGAGCACAUAGAGAAAAACUUAAGCUCAAUAGUGAAUUCGGAAAAUGAUGAAUAUUGCUUGAGAGUAUUGAAACUGAGCUAUGACCAUUUGCCUGCCUAUCUGAAGCCUUGUUUUUUGUACAUGGGGAUGUUUGAGGAAGAUGAGAAAAUUUGGGUUGCAGAACUCAUGAGAUUAUGGGUUUGUGAAGGCUUUCUUAAACCAAUAAUCAAUAAAAGCUCGAAAACAAUUGCCAAUGAGUAUCUGAAGGAGCUAGUCGAUAGAAACCUCAUUCUAGUUGAUGAGUUGGGGGCAGUUGGGAAUAUAACAUACUGCAAAAUGCAUGAUUUAGUGAGAGAUCUAUCAUUUCAAGAAGCUGAAAAGCAGAGGUUUUAUUAUGUGUUAGGGCAACAAUGUCCUCAAGGGAUAAAUAGCCAACGCCGCAUUGUUAUUCCCAGAAGCACUUCAGCUAUGACAGUCCGGGAUGCCAUGGAAACUAUGUCGUCAUGUGCUCGUUCUUUCAUAUGUGGUGCUUAUACAGAUUGUCGAUUGCUAGAUUUUAGAUUUUUGAGGACAUUGAGUUCUAGCGAGUAUUUAGAAGGAAAUGUGUUUCAAUUGGUGAACUUGAGGUACCUUCGGGCUAGAUUUCGUGAGGCGUUCCCAAUCCCUUCUUCAAUUAGUCUGCUGUGGAAUCUACACACACUAAUUGUUUCUUCUUUUGGUAGAAUUUCGACUGCACCAGUAGAAAUUUGGAAAAUGCAUCAGCUUAAGCAUGUCGAGUUCAAAUAUCGAGAAAUCUAUCUCCCAGAUCCUCCGAGCGGGGAUAGUGAUGUUAUGAUGGAGAAUCUAGAGACGCUCAAAGGAGUGAUUGAUUUCAACUUGAAUGAAGAAAUGGUUAAGAGAAUUCCCAAUAUCAAGAAACUGUCUAUAAGCUACGAGAAUAAAGUAAUGGAGAGAGUGAAGUGCCUCAGCUAUCUUCAAUGUCUGAGUAAGCUGGAAAGCUUGACGUGCUUUUUUGGAUAUGGAAGUGAUGCUGAGUAUCUGCAGAGUAUUAGCUUCCCGCACUCACUCAAGAAGCUGUCUCUUCAAUGCGGAAAGUUCCAUUUGGAGGAAAUUCUGGAAAAGAUAGCUUCAUUACCACUUCUUGAGAAGCUCACACUGACGAAUGGGCAGUUUGCAAGACGCAGAUGGGAAAUAGUUGAAGGCCAAUUCCCCAGCCUCAAAUACUUGAAAAUGCAUAGCUGUAUGAAUAUGGAAUGUUGGACGUUAGAGGACUCCUGCUUGCCACGCCUUGAGCAACUUCAUCUCUUGUGGAAGAAGUCGUUGGAGGAGUUCCCUUCAGAAAUUGGAGAAAUACCAACACUCAAAUCAAUUAGAUUGUACGAAUGCAGUGAAUCAGCGGUUGUGUCUUUGAAAAGGAUAGUAGAUGAACAAGAGGAAUUACAAGGGGAGCUAUCCUUUCAUGUUCUAGUUGAGUCAUCAUUCUUCAGCCAAGAACAAGAGGAACAAGAGGAACAAGAGGAACUGCAGAGGUUGGCAACUCCCAACUUUCGAGUAGUCAAAUUGUAGUUUGAUGUGAUGAGGAAUUGAAUUGUGGGAAUACUAAUUUGAGUGAUUAAUUUUCAAUA